UUUUUGAUUUGAUUUUAAUACAAUGCCAGGAAAUAUAGAGCAGAAGACAACAGACCCAGAGGCAGAACUGAGCAACGUCCAGAGAAUCUUUCAAAAUUUGGCGCCGUUAUGCAGCGUGGAGAAGAGAGCAGGCGACAUCCCCCAGCUUGCCUCGCAGGAGAAGCAGCUCAGCAUCCUCGCUUCCGAGUUGAAAGAUACACUGUUAUGUAUAAACCUGGCAAAGAAAGGUAUGCACGCUCUCCGCGACUUCACCGUGAAGGGGGGCAUGAAGAUGUCUAUCUUCGAUUUUGAGAAGUUGAACGGGCAACUUCGCGACGAGAGCGCACAGCGGUCGGAGCUGGACUGCCUCAACUACCUCGCGCAGAAGCACCUCGUGGAACUCAUGAAGCAGGUCCCCACGGAGGCUGAUGAGUUGGAGAUGAUAGAAAACGCCAACACUCGCCUCCGUAGAAUGGAGAACAAGCUGGACUUGGCGACGAAGAGAUUCUGCCUCGUCAAUACAGAUAACAAGAAAAUGAGAGAUGAAAUCAACAUACUUUUAGUCGAAAGAAACAAUUUUAACGUACAAUGGAAUCGCACAAUCGGCAAACUUGUGAAGGGCAAGGAAUAUCUGAUGGACAUCUUGGAGAUAGCUUCGAACGCCUUCAACGACCGGGACGAAUGCUGUAAGAAGCUGGAAGCUCUGAAGUGGAAGGGACUGUUCCAGAUGAAUAGGGAUAUCAUGGAGAUGCAAUCAUGUGAGAGUGAGCUGAACCACCUCGCCAAGCUGGAGGAGUUCCUUCGUGUGAAGGGUUCCAGGAGGGUCUGUGAAGCGGACGAGAGAGAGGAGAUAAGAAUACAAGAGGAGAUUCAGCGAUGCGAGCAGGAGAUUAAGCGGCACGAUGCGCUGCUGGGAGAGAUUUUUGCCUACACAGGGUCCGAGAGGAUAUCGGCCAUUAUAAACAGAACCAAGGCCGCUGAAAUUGAAAAUUUCUCCAUCUUCGUGCUACUUUGCGAUGUUUGUCAAGAGUCUAUCUUGAUGCAAAGAGAACAAGCGAAGAUGCAACAAACAAUAUUGGACCAAAGAAAUAGGAAUGAAAAGAAAAAAGAAGGCGAAGAAAAUCGAUUGGCAGAACUUUCUUCGACUCUGGAGAAGAAACGACAAGUUACGAACAGUUUGCGAGAAACGAACGAGGCGGUAGAAAACUUGUUGCUCAGAGUUCUACGAGGAAUAGACGACUUGUUCAGACAAGCAAGAUGUGAUGCGAGCCCGUUGAUGUCACUUCUUGGGAACCACAAGGAAGUCACCAAGUGGAACGCCAAGAAGUUUCUGCCGAUUUUGGAAACUGAAAUUAAAAGUCUUAUCGAAAUAGUGUAUGGUGCAGUCAAGCCACCAGCGCCUACGCCAAAGGGACGGAGGGCAACCGCGCAGCCUCCGGCAAAACUGGUGGCAGAUCCCCAAGUGGAGGUCCUCAUACCGAACAAGAUUAAUAGCCUUGUACCUUAUCAGCCCUGUGCCUAUUGCGUUGAGGACUACAUAACGCAUUUAGUGUUUGAGACACCGGCGGUGCCUGCUGAUGAUGAAUACGUUCAGAAAAUAUUCCAUCUGGAAGACGUCAAUACAAAAUUCGGCAUAUACACGCUAACUGUGCCAGAAAAACGCCACCCAUACAAGGGAUCAAGAAAAGAAUGA